AAGUUUUGGAGGCUGUUCACCCACCAUGUCCAAGACCGAGGAGACGAAUGGAGUCCUCCCACCACCUCCGGAACCAACGCCUGCGGUGUUUACAAGUAAACUUGUUUCACCAAUUCAUACGUUCUUUGUAAUGAUCAUAUGUCUGGGAUCUGUUCAUUUUUUAUGUAUUCUCAUCAUGGCUUCAUUCUUAUUGCUCCCUCGUCACCAAUGCUUACUGGUAUUGGGGAUGCUUGUGGUGCUUAUGUUCAUCCCAAUUAAUGAAAACAGUAAAUGGGGCCUAGCUUUAGCCAGGUACAUAUAUAAGCAUGCGCCUGGUUACUUUCCUGCUACUCUAUAUGUUGAGGAUAUUAAAGAUUUCAAUCCUGAUCAGGCUUACGUUUUUGGAUACGAGCCCCAUUCAGUUUGGCCAAUUGGAGCCGAAACACUAUCAGCUCUUACAGGUUUUAUGCCUACCGGCAAAGUCAAGGUCCUUGUAAGCACAGCUCUGCUGUACACACCGUUCUUGAGGCAUUUGUGCACGUGGUUGGGAGCGUCGGCAGCAACAAGGGAAAAUUUCUCAUCUCUCUUAAAAGCUGGGUAUAGCUGCGUAGUGAUCCCAGGUGGAGUACAGGAGUCAUUUUAUAUGGAGCAUGAUUCCGAGGUUGCGUUUUUAAAGGCAAGGAAAGGAUUCAUACGACUUGCAAUGGAGACCAAUUCUCCUUUAGUUCCUGUUUUCGCCUUUGGCCAGUCCUACAUUUAUAACUGGUGGAAACCACGGGGGAAGUUGUUCCUAAAACUCUCUCGUGCUAUUAAGUUCAUGCCUGUUGUCUUUUGGGGUGCUUUAUGGUCUCCUGUACCCUUACGGCAACCAAUCCUUGUGGUGGUUGGUAAACCAAUACAUUUCAAGAAGUAUUCUACACCAACCAUGGAAGAGGUCUCAGAAGUGCAUGGUCAGUUUGUAGAGGCACUUCAAAGUCUAUUCGAUAGGCAUAAAGAACGAGCAGGCUAUCCUGAUCUUGCAUUACGAAUUAUGUGACAAGAUUGUGUGCACAUUUAACUAUUGGGUGAAUCCAUUUUGCAUUACGAGCAGUUUAUGUCCAGAAUACUCGAUUGCAACAUGAGGAACAAUAAAGUUAACUGUUUGGUGAAUCCAUUUUGGUCCGAAUCUGUUUUGAGUUUCGACCCAAAUCAAAUUAA